GCGCGGGGGGGCGGGCCCGGCGGCGUUAACCCCUCGGCGGCCGGCGGCGCGUUAACCCCUAGGUGCUCGGCGGCCGCGCCAUGGCGCGGGCGGCCUGAGGGGACGCGGCGCCUGGCGGAGGCGGCCCCGAUGCGCCGCGGCGGCGCCGCCAGCGCCUGUCCCUGAGGGAGCGGAGCCGCGCAGCCAUGGCCGACGCGGCGGCCGCCGAGCCGGAGCCCGAAGCGGAGCCUCAGCCCCAGCCCGAGGCGCAGCCCGAGCCGGAGCGCGGCGACGCUGCCCCGGCGGUGGCGGCGGCGGGCGGCGAGGCCGAGCCGCUGCCGCCGCGCGGGGCGGCUGAGGAGGCAGCGGAGGGCGCGGGCGGCGCCCAGGGGCGUCCGGCGGCGGCGGGCGGCGCGGCGCGGCCGGGCCUGGCGGGGCCGCGCUACCGGGCGGCGGUGGGACGCGCCGAGGAGUGGCCGGUCAAGAAGAAGCACCGGCGGCGGCCGUCGAAGAAGAAGCGGCGCUGGAAGCCCUACUCGAAGCUGAGCUGGGAGGAGAAGCAGCAGUUCGACGAGCGGCAGAGCCUGCGCGCCUCGCGGCUCCGCGCCGAGAUGUUCGCCAAGGGGCAGCCCGUGGCCCCCUACAACACCACGCAGUUCCUCAUGGAGGACCACGACCAGGAGGAGCCCGACCUCAAGACGGGGCUGUACCCGCGGCGGGCGGCCGCCAAGUCGGACGACACGAGCGAGGAGGACUUCCUGGAGGAGGCGGCCGAGGAGGACGGCGGCAGCGACGGCAUGGGGGGCGACGGCAGCGAGUUUCUGCAGCGGGACUUCUCGGAGACCUACGAGCGGUACCAUGUGGAGAGCCUGCAGAACAUGAGCAAGCAGGAGCUCGUCAAGGAGUACCUGGAGCUGGAGAAGUGCCUCUCGCGCAUGGAGGACGAGAACAACCGGCUGAGGAUGGAGAGCAAAAAGUACGGCGGGGAGGAGGCGGCGGAGGCGGCGCGGGUGCGGCAGCUGGAGCUGGAGGUGGACAGGUUGCGAGCCGAGAACCUGCAGCUGCUGCAGGAGAAGGACCUGCAGAGCCAGGAGGCGGCCCCCUGCCAGCUGGGGGAGUGACACUCGGGGCGGGGGGCGGGGGGCGGGGGCGGGGGGGGCUUUUUACAGUGGUGGGGGUGUAACAUUAUAUACAUGUGUACAGAGACGCCGGCGGACCCUUUUUACGACUCGGAACCGGCCCCAGCCCCGCUGGGGUCGGACGCUCUCGCUGUAGUGUAGUGCGUGUGCUGUUGGGCCUGUGUGCAGCUGAGGCUUCCCCCCCUUUCUGUUUUGUUUUUGUUUUUUGUUUUUGUUUUUUUUUUUUAAGGUGGCUGUGGCGGGGGGGGGGGGCUAGGGGAGGGGUUGAUGUAUAAGUGAACUUGAUUUAUGAUGCUUUUAUUUUUUUUCCCCCUUUUCCUUUUUUUUCCUUUUUUUUUUUUUUUUUUUUUUUUUGUGUGUGUGUGUGUGUUUAAACCAAAAACAAUCGCCAGGAAACCUGUAAAUUGGCCAAAACUGACUAUAAAAAAAAUUAUAGAGGUCUAAUAAAUUUAAUUACUUGUAACUGUAA